AUGAAGUGGUUAUCACGCAAGAUGGAGGAUAUCAUUUGGUUCGCGCUGAUUGCGAGUUUGAACCAAUUUCUAACAGUCGAAUCAUUAUUUUAUGUGAUAACAUUCUUCACGAUGUUUCAAAUGGUAGUGCAAAGCGAAUUGGUGGCGAGUAUGAGCACAUUGCUUACGAUCAUUGCAGUGAUCACAUCUACGUUUAUCAGAAUUCUACAGUUUAUCGUCUCUCGGACGCCGGCUCUUUGGAGCCGUGCCGAAAGCUACAAGAUUUGAAAGCUUUCGAAGUGACGGCUGGCGGCGUGACUGGACUUCACGAGGAUGGUAGCGUUACCUUUAACGGCCAACCAAUCAUUAUGCUAGACAUGAAACUUCGCACUCAACUUCCAUUCAUUAUAGCGCCUGAUCCUCCACCUUCUUCAUGGUUCUAUAUAUACAUUUUACUACCAUUUUUAGCCAUAUUAUCUUUUAUCAUUCGCCGAUAUGGUUUGGAAGUUUUCUUUUCCCUGCAGCGCUACCGUCAUCGGUUCAACCGCUUCCGGCAAAACAACGCUGA